AUGGACCUUAUACCGAUGAUGACGAUCAUGAUUCGGCUGGUGAUCGACGUCGUGGAGACCGCGGAGCUGAUGCAGGAGGCCUCCCUGGUGGCGCAGGUCCUGGCGCUCUUCGUGGACCUGAUCCUUGGGCGUCUGGCAAUGGUGAUCCGUGGGCUGGCGGCCCUGUUCGCAAAGCCCCACUUAGGCGUAGGCCUCAACGUGGUGUACGUGGUGAUGCAAUGGCUGUGGGUUGUCCUCGAGGCGCUGUCCCUCUUGAGCUUUGAGUGGUCCCGACUUUCCCUUUUAACACAAGGUCUCGCGGGCUUCUCCCUGAAUAUCGUGAUUCUGCCCGUGGGCUACCGUGGGCCGAUCUGCAUAGUGCAGAAGAUUAUCUUGUUGAAGCCCCUGCGGAUCUGCAUGAGCUUUCAGAUGGUCCUGAGCUUCUUGAUGAUCGUGAGCUUCUAG